AUGUCUCGAUUUGAGCCAGAGCCUUUCCUGGACCGCUUGAAGGGCAAAGUUGUCUUACUUACAGGCGGAGCACAUGGAAUCGGUGCAGCACUGGUGAAGUUCUGCGUGGAAAGAGGCGCCCAAGUGUGCUUUGGUGAUUUGGACGAGAGGGCUGGAAAAGCAUUGCUUGAGGAGGUCAACAAGGCCAGCAGUGGAAUUUCCGUUGCGUGCUUCAAAGCUACAGACGUAACUCAAUAUCAGUCCUUGCUUGAACUGUUCGACCUCUGUUUACAGACAUAUGGGAGGGUUGAUUCUGCAGUAUCAUGUGCUGGCAUCAUCGAGAUUGGUAACUGGUUUGAUCCGAGCCUGGACUUAGCCACAAUUCGCCAGGUGCCAAACCAGAAAGUGCUAGAUGUCAAUCUGCUGGGGUCCCUUUACUUUUCGAGGAUCGCCUCCGUAUACCUUCGGCAGGGACGAAAGGAUGGAGACGACAAAGCUUUAAUUCUAUUCUCAUCGGUAGCUGGAUUCAAAGAGAGUCCGGGCUUGUUCGUGUACCAGGCGACCAAGCAUGGCAUUCUGGGAUUGAUGCGUUCGCUCCGGCUAUAUCUACCCCCAACGACUGGAAUCCGAGUUAAUGCGAUCUGCCCUUGGAUGGUUCCGACCGCUAUGACUGAGGGAAUUGUAUUUAGCUGGAAAGCUGCCAAUCUGCCCAUACAGUCAACAACCGAUGUUGCUAGGGUAGUGGCUGGAGUUGCCUGUCAAAAAGAACUGAACGGCAAGGCCUUCUAUGUCGAAGGUGGCCGGGCCUGGGAAAUCGAAGACAAUAUCGACCGUCUCGAGCCUCAGUGGCUGGGUGAAGAACAAUCAAAAAUGCUAGCAAAGGGCCAGAGGGUGCUGGGUGAGAUGAUGAGGAUGGUGCAAGCACAGCUACCCUCAGCAAUCCCGCGGCGGGUAUUAAGAAGCCUCGCGCGAACAUCCACUCUUGACUUUUUCUAUUCGAAACCUCCACGGUCCAGGUCCUUUACCCACAAGCCUUCACUGUUGCUAGUCGCUCGUCCAAUACCUCGACCUCAAUUACCGUUUCUCCAUCCGGCGACGCGAAUAAAUGUUGUUCAAGCCCAUGUUGGGCGUUUCAUAUCCACCGAACGCAAGCAAAGAUGGAAAGCCCAGCUCUGGCGUCAACUGCGGUUCCAUGCCUACCUCUGGCCGUCAGUCUUCCUCGUCACUAUCAUAAUGAUAGGCGUCCAACAAACAAAAUUUGAAAGAGAUUACCCUACGCCUAGAGAUUGGUCUUUCUGGAGUAGAUGGCUUUUGCGCAACGCAAAAUUCACCGAACUUAGCGAGGGUGCUAAAGUCAGCCAGGUGCUGACCGAUUGGGCAAAAGCUGGGCGAUACUAUCUAGGGGUUCUGGAAAGACUGGAGAGUGAAGACUACGAUGGAAAAUUCUUGCUUCCCUCCGAAGCUACCGGGACAUACGCAGACAGCUUGGGAAUAGCAGGGUUCGACAUCAGUGCCAAAAGCGACCAGUGGAGGCGGGGAUAUCAUGAUGCGCUCAUGGGGGCCGCACGAGCAGCGGAAAAUCUGGAUGGAAUGUGCCGGAGAAAGGAGGACCCAGCUGGCCGAGUCUAUUCUAGGGAAAGCAUACCUGGACCAGAUAAUCCCAGACCGAAGCCACUUCCCUGGGACAAGAAAAGAGGGCACGAGACGCCACCAACGCAAGAUGAAGUGGAGGAUGCCUUCCCAUCACCGGAAGUUUUCUACAUGAAAAUUUUGACUACGAAGGGAUUCGACACGGGGCAGCGGCUGGACGCAGCGAUGGCAUAUGCCGAUUGGUGCGAUUUUAAAGGGUUGACUGAAGCGGCUGAGGACACAUACAAUUGGGCUAUGGAUAUUGCUCAAUCUGGGUUGCCAGGAGGUGCGGCAGACAUUAUCGACAUGAAGACUGGGAUGAUCGCCAAAGGCAGAGAAGAUGAAGUCAGCGAGAAUGUCCUCCGAGUGUGCACAGCGUAUGCUGUUCAUCAUGCCAGGGCUGGGAAUGUUAAACAAGCCUUGCCCAUUUUCCUCAGUGUGCUGAGGGUGAGGAAGAAUCUACCACCGUCACCGUUUGGUGUAAUCGGUCGCAAAAAGUCGGCACCACAGGACGAAGGCUUAUGGCCAUAUAUCUCGUCUCUCAAAGACUUGAUCAUUGAACGACCAUUUCCGGAGGCACCGCCCAGCGGGAACGAGAGGCCAUACCACACUUUAAAGGAAGCUUGCGAAGAAGUUGGCUUGAUGACUUAUAUUGGUGAAAUCCUCUUUGCCACAAGUGACAGCGAACGAGAAAAGGGACUCAGCUGGACUAGAGACAGUGUCGAAGCUGCCGAAGCAGUCCUGUGGGUUAUGGAGGAGCAGAAGGAGGAUGACGGGAGAGAACGAUGUCGAGAGUGCCUCGAGACAGGACUGACUAAUUGGAAAGAGAUGUCGCGACAAAUGGCACGCCUAGCGGCCAGGAAGGAACAAGAAGCUGAGAAUGGAUCUGGCUGGCUCGGCCUUGGACUAGGAAAAGCACAACGGAUCGCGGAAGCUCAAAAGGAAAAAGCAAGAUGGGAGGAAGAGAAUGUACAGAUCCAGCUGAGGAAAGAGAAGACUCUGCCUCUGACACAACCUAUAAAGCCACAGCCUCAAGGAUGGUUCUGA